GGGGCGUCUCAGAAGCGGGAGCGCCUCUCUGCGCUGUGCACACGACAUCUCACAGCGCGUACCUGUGCGAGGCUGCCCACUCGCGUGUCGCGAUGCCGCCCAAAACGAAGAAGUCAUCAGGCGCUGCGGCACCGCCCAAAAAGAAGAAACCGGCGGCAAAAAAGCCGGCUGCCAAUAAGACGCUAUUCCUCGCCUGCGAGAAAGGACACGUCGACGCGGCGCGGUCGCUGCUGGCAGAAGGUGCGGAGGUCAAUCGGGCGGGUGAGGACGGUGCGACGCCGCUGUACAUCGCCUGUCGGAACGGCCACGUCGACGCGGCGCGGCUGCUGCUGGACGAAGGCGCGGACGUUAAUCGGGCGAACAAGUACGGUGCGACGCCGUUGAUCACCGCCUGCUGGGAGGGCCACGUCGACGUGGUGCGGCUGUUGUUAGAUAAAGGCGCGGAGAUCGAUCGGGCGAACAAGUACGGCCAGACGCCGCUGUACGUCGCCUGCCAGAUAGGCCACGUCGACGCGGCGCAACUGUUGCUAGAUAAAGGCGCGGAGGUCGACCGGGCGGAUGUGAACGGUGAGACGCCGCUGUUUGUCGCCUGCGGUGGGGGCCACGUCGACGCGGCGCGGCUGUUGCUGGACAAGGGCGCGGACGUUUUUCGGACGACAAAGGACGGUCAGACGCCGCUGUCCAUCGCACAAACCUUCAGCCACUCGUCCGUCGCGCUGCUCGAGGAACACUUGGAUCCGAAGUUCCCACUUCACGCUGCGGCAAGGACCGGCGACGUCGAGGCGAUGACUCAACUCCUGGACGGUGGCGCAGAGGUAGACGCAAAGAAGGACGGCGCGACGCCCUUAUUCGUAGCGUGCGAGGGCGGCCGCCUCGACGCAGCGCGGAUGCUGCUGAAAAAAGGUGCGGAGGUCGAUCGGGCGGACGAGGACGAUGCGACGCCGCUGUUCUUUGCCUGCAAGAACGGCAACGUCGACGCGGCGAGGCUGUUGCUGGACAACGGCGCGGAAAUCGAUCGGGCUGAAAAGAAGCACGAUUGGACGCCGCUGUACAUCGCCUGCCAUCAGGGCCACGUCGGCGCGGCGCGGCUGCUGCUGGAGCGCGGCGCGGAUAUUAAUCGGGCGAACAAGUACGGCUCGACGCCGCUGUACGUCGCCUGCUAUGAUGGCCACGUCGACGCGGUGCGGCUGUUGCUGGACAACGGCGCGGACGUUAAUCGGGCAAGGAGGAACGGCUGGACGCCGCUGUUCGUCGCCUGCGAGAACGGCAAUGUCGACGCGGCGCGGCUGUUGCUGGAAAAAGAUGCGGAGGUCGACCGGGCAAGGGAGGGCGGCUUUACGCCGCUGUACGUCGCCUGCGAGAAGGGCCACGUCGACGCGGCGCGGCUCUUAUUGGCGCGGGGCGCCGACGUCGAAUGGGCAGAUAAGGACGGUACGACGCCGCUGGACGCAGCAAAGCGUCGCCGUCAUUACGACGUAGUCGUCAUGCUGCUCGAGGAAGCGAACGCAAAGCUGAAACGCCGCCUCGAUCGCCAUGAGGGCACCGUGCUGGAUCUCACGGCGGAAGACAGCGACGACGACGAAGCGCCGCCGCCCCGCUCGAAGCUCCGCGAGCUCCACGACAAGGAAACCACCAAGCGCGUCGCGGAGGUCAAGAAGGAGCGAGACGACCACAAGAGCCGCGUGGCCAAGGUUACGAAGGAGCGCGACGACCACGAGAGCCGCGGCGAACUCCUGGACUCGAUGGUCACGCCCCUCGAGUCGCAGCGCCGAGAACUCCAGGAGAUGGUGAGCGCCGCGGCGGAGGCGCUCAUGGAGCGAGACGUGCCGACGCGCAUGCUCGCCGACGACGCAGCCCCGUUCUACUACUCCCAAAACUCCUGGGAAGCGGAGCAGGAAAUCCCGUGGAACGCCGAGGCGGAUCGCCCGAUGAGCCUCGCCGAGGGCAUCGCGUGGGUCCACGACAACGCGAAGCCUCCCCGCAAGCGCCGGCGCUAAUGUCACUAACAACAUGUCUUAUGCACACA